CAAGGUCAAAAUGGGUGCUGGCUGCUCUUCCUCUUCUUCAUUCUCCCUUUCUUUACCCAAUCACCAUUGCUUUUCAUCCACUCUCCAUCACCCCAAAUCAACAUCGACAUUCAUUCUCUCCACUCACACUUAUUCCCAAUUCCACAAAUCUUCAUCCAAGUUCUCAAUAAAUUCGCCACCCAAUUGCGGCAGCGGCAGCAUUCCAGAAAUCAAAACCACCCAACAAAAAAGCUUCGUGAAAAACCCCAUGUCUGAUCCUCACACAAUCGACUCGGAAUUACUUCAAAAGCUGGUUUAUGAUGCUCUCGUUUGGAGCUCUCUUCAUGGACUCGUUGUUGGAGACAGAAACGUCCAGAGAUCAGGAUCGAUUCCUGGAGUCGGCUUGGUUCACGCCCCAAUUGCAUUACUACCAUAUUCGUUUCCAGAAAGUCACUGGAAGCAAGCGUGUGAGUUAGCCCCCAUUUUCAAUGAGUUAGUAGACCGAGUUAGUUUGGAUGGCAAGUUUUUGCAGGACACUCUCUCAAGAACAAAGAAAGUGGAUGCCUUCACCUCCAGACUUUUAGAUAUUCACUCAAGGAUGCUACAAAUCGGCAAGAAGGAGGAUAUUCGCUUGGGAUUACAUCGCUCGGAUUAUAUGCUUGAUGAAAAUACAAAUUUACUUCUCCAAAUAGAGCUCAACACAAUAUCAUGUUCAUUCUCAGGGUUAAGUUGUCUUGUUAGUGAGCUUCAUAGGAGCUUACUCUCUCAAUAUAAAGAACACUUGGGGGUUGAUUUCAGAAGGAUUCCAAAAAAUAAUUCAGCAAAUAAGUUUGCUGAGGUGUUGGCAAAGGCGUGGAUGGAAUAUAACAAUCCGAGUGCUGUAGUUAUGGUGGUUGUUCAACCUGAAGAACGGAAUAUAGCUAUUCGGAAGACAUUGGCGGAAAUUGAUGCACAAGGGAAGACUCUUUCAGAUGGAACUCUUGUAGUGGAUGGUGAAACUGUUGCAGUCAUAUAUUUUAGAGCCGGAUAUGCACCUAACGAUUAUCCUUCUGAAUCAGAGUGGAAAGCUAGGUUACUUAUGGAGAAAUCUGUAGCUAUCAAGUGUCCUUCAAUCUCUUAUCAUUUAACUGGCACCAAGAAAGUUCAGCAGGAGCUUGCAAAACCUAAUGUACUCGAGAGGUUUCUUGAUAAUAAAGAUGACAUAGCCAAGCUUCGGGCAUGCUUUGCUGGAUUAUGGAGUUUGGAUGAUUCAAAUGCUGUCAAGAAUGCUAUCGAGCAGCCAGGGGCAUUUGUCAUGAAGCCACAAAGAGAAGGCGGAGGUAACAACAUUUAUGGAGACGAAGUGAAGGAAACGCUUCUAAGAUUGCAAAAAGAAGGAUCCGAAGAAGAAGCAGCAUACAUUCUCAUGCAAAGGAUUUUCCCAAAAGAUUUCCCGACACUUCUUGUUCGAGAAGGUAUCUACUAUAAAGAACAGGCCAUUUCUGAACUCGGGAUAUUUAGUGCAUAUCUAAGAAACAAGGAGAAAGUGAUUGUUAGCGACCAAUGUGGUUACCUGAUGCGUACUAAAGUUUCUUCAUCAAAUGAGGGUGGUGUUGCUGCUGGAUUUGCAGUUUUGGACAGUUUGUAUUUGACUUGAUUUCACCUUUCUUUCCCCUAAUAAUAAUAAUAAUAAUAAUAAUAAUUGGUGGCUUCAUCAAGACCUAAUCACUUUCUGUUUCCAUUUUGGCUUAUGUAACAUACUUGUACUUUAUUCUUAUUGUAAUAUUACAAAUUGGUUCAUGUAGAAUGUUUUUUAAAGGAAUAGAAUCUGUCAAAGGAAUCGGAGUAUGAAAGAAACAUAAUUUGUCAUGCUCAUGCAUUUGGUUGGAGGG